AAGACACUUCCGCCGGAAGAAGGUCAACGGCGCAUCCUGACGAGGGUUUCCCUUUUAAUGUUUUAGCCCACGACCGCUUAUUUUCACUUUUGUUGUUUAAGAAGUUUAUUUUUCUUUAAACGUUCUUUUCUUCACGUAUUGGUCGCAGGGAAAGGGGAAGUGUGGCGGGUCUUUGAUUUAUUCUAAAGCCCGGACCAUUUGUUCAGGGCGGCUGUUGGUCGUGGAGUGGCUUGAAGGUUGCGCAUAGCAACGCGUCGGAGUAUCAGCAGUCCAGGUACGCUGUCAACAAGUUGAAUCAUGACCACAACAGAUGGAAGCCUACUCUCGACUGAGAUGAACAAUGAAGAUGCACUGUACGAGCAGCUCCUACUGCAGGCUGCAAAGGAGAUGCAGAAUCAACUUCCGACAGCACAGGAAUCCCAGCAGAUCAGACCACAACCAGGCUUCUGUGUGAAGACAAAGACGAAGAUCAACGAGAAGGUUUUCGUCAAUGUUUGUAAGUCUGAUCAAAUUCCACCUCCACCAGAUCUCACUGAGGAUGGCUUGGUCUCCCUGCUGGAAUCAGAUGAUCCUUCUGGAUACAGAAUUCCAAUGAGCCUCGGUGAACCGCAUGCUGAAAUUGACAACAGUGGUAAUGGAUGCACUGCAUAUGACAUAGUCAUCAAUUCAAAAUUUUACAACACAAUUCAGAGCAACAAACUCUUCAUGGAAUUUUUCCUGACUAUCGGCUUUGAGGGGCUGGAAAACAAAUAUAAUUUGGAACUUUCGCGAGAGUGGCGGAUGCUGAAGAACAGGAAAUUUCUGGGAUCCAUAACAGAACAAAACAUCAGAACAAAAUCAAAACCUGUUAUCCAGGAACUGGAAUCCAGCGCUUCAUCUCUGGGAACUUGCAAUAAACCCCUUCUAUCAGAAAUAGAAAGUACCUGUGUGGAGCCAGAAUAUACAAUCGUGGCUGACCCUGCAGAUGAGCACCCCAGCUUUCUUGUAGCAGAAAUCUCCUUGCCAAAAGUGGAUUCAGUAGGAUCAUUACUACUUGACCUUGGAGAAGACCGGAUUGUGUUGUGGGCACGGCCAGACCUUUAUCACUUAGAUGUUUACAUCCCGUAUAACAUUGUUCAGGAGAAAAGUGGCUCUCAAUUCAACAGGAAAACCAAGGUUCUGACCAUAACGAUGCCAGUGCAGCCAGCAUAAGACCCGAAUUGCUUUCAGGAUGAACAUUGUUCGCACAAACUGAAUAACAGGAACUUCUGCUCGUUCCCAGCAUGGCAGGCUGUCAGCACCACAUUUAUGAUGUCACUUUACAUUGACAGCAACUUGAUGUUCACUGACUUUGCCUUUUCUCUUUCUCAUUCAUUAGAAUUGCGCUUAAAGAAAUUGAAGUUCAAUACUGUCUGGUAUCUUGCCCAAGGAUUUUUUUUUGAUAUUUGCUUACUGGAUGAGCAUGUCACUAGCUAGGGCAGCAUUUAUUCAUAACUCAUUGUCCCUCAGCUGUGGUGAGCUAUGGUUCCAAGUUCAAGUGAGCAGCUUACGCAACCUGCUCAGAGGGCACUUAAGAGAUUAGCCAUUGUGCUGUGGAUCUGGAGUCAGAGGCCAUAAUAAGGAAGGAUGUCAUAUUCCCUCCCUUAUGUGAACAGGCAGGUUUUUGCAACAGUCCAUUAGUUUUGUAGUCUCCAUCACUUUCACUAGCUUUUUAUUCCAAGUCCCUAUUUAAUUGAAUCUGCCCAUGGCAGGUUUUGAUUUCUGGAAUAGCCAAAAUUUCUUUUUAAGGCUCAUUCAGGGGUUGGCUAAUAUUUAUGUCUGCCUCCCUGAGAAGGUGAUGGUGAGCCACUACAGUCCACUUAGGUAAACCCAUAACAUUUGGUUAUAUAAUUUAGAUGGUACUGUAUUUCUAAGUCAACACUCUUCAUGUGUGAUAACAAGGUGUAGAGCU